AUGUUUGAUUCCGUUUUGCAGAUACAUAUAGCUGACCGAUUCUUCCUUGGCGGACCGCUCGAGUUACGUGGUUUCAAAUGGCGUUCGGUGUGCCCGGUCGAACCACUGUUGCAACCUUCAUGUUUACGUUUACCAGUCUCCGAUCCCACAGCCGGUGAUGCAUCUUCUGGUGUGUUAGAUAAUGGGACCAGAGUAACUUGUCCGGUCGGCGCGGAAGGAUUUUGGUUGACCGGAGCUCAUCUGUAUACUCCACUACCUUACUUUGGAGCCGAGAAAGGUUCACUGGCCUCACAUUUUCGUCUGCAUGGUUUCUAUGUUUUGGGUACGUUUCUUGUACUUACGCUUUUUGACCAAUCAGUUUUUAUUGAAUGUAUUCAAUGUAUACAAUAG